UCCCGCCCGCCCUCUCUCCCUCCCUCCUUCCCUCUCCGCGACGAGGCAGCAAUUACGCUUUGGGGAUAAAACGAGGCGCAGAGAGCGGGCUGGGGCAUUUCUCCCCGAGAUGGCGGGUCAGAGAGCUGCAGCCCUGCGGCCCGGAGUCCUUCUGCUCCUGCUGUCUGUCACCCACCCCUCGCAGCCUGGAGGGGUCCCAGGGGCUGUUCCUGGCGGAGUUCCCGGAGGUGUCUUUUACCCAGGUGCUGGUCUCGGAGGUCUGGGAGGAGGAGCUCUGGGGCCUGGAGGCAAACCGCCCAAGCCAGGGGCUGGACUCCUGGGAGCGUUCGGGCCAGGGCUCGGGGCCUUUCCUGCAGGCACCUUCCCGGGGGCUCUGGUGCCCGGUGGAGCAGUGGGGGCCGCUGCAGCCUAUAAAGCUGCCAAGGCUGGUGCUGGGCUUGGUGGCGUUGGUGGGGUCGGUGGCAUUGGUGGCGUCGGUGGCUUGGGAGUGUCUACAGGCGCGGUGGUGCCUCAGGCCGGAGCCGGAGUUGGAGUCGGAGCCGGAGCGAAGCCUGGGAAAGUGCCCGGUGUGGGGCUGCCAGGUGUCUACCCAGGAGGAGUGCUCCCAGGAACAGGAGCUCGGUUCCCAGGGGUGGGGGUGCUCCCCGGGGUUCCCACCGGAACCGGAGUCAAGGCCAAGACCCCAGGUGGAGGCGGAGCUUUUGCUGGAAUCCCAGGAGUUGGACCCUUUGGGGGCCAGCAGCCUGGCGUCCCGCUGGGGUACCCCAUCAAGGCACCCAAACUGCCAGGUGGCUACGGACUGCCCUACAGCACUGGGAAACUGCCCUUUGGCUAUGGGCCCGGAGGAGUGGCUGGUGCCGGAGGCAAGGCUGGGUACCCCACGGGGACAGGAGUUGGCUCCCAGGCUGCAGCAGCAGCAGCGGCGGCUAAAGCAGCAAAGUAUGGUGCAGGAGGAGCCGGGGUUCUCCCUGGUGUCGGAGGUGGCGGCAUUCCUGGUGCAAUUCCUGGGAUUGGAGGCAUCGCAGGUGCAGGGGCACCAGCUGCUGCAGCAAAGGCCGCCGCAAAGGCAGCUAAGUACGGAGCUGCUGGAGGCUUGGUGCCCGGUGGGCCAGGCUUUGGCCCGGGAGUCAUAGGUGUCCCAGGAGUUGGAGUCCCAGGAGUUGGAGUCCCAGGUGUUGGAGUCCCAGGUGUUGGAGUCCCAGGUGUUGGAGUCCCAGGUGUUGGGGUCCCAGGUGUUGGAGUCCCAGGUGUCGGGGUCCCAGGUGUCGGAGUCCCAGGUGUUGGAGUCCCAGGUGUUGGAGUCCCAGGUGUUGGAGUCCCAGGAGCUGUGUCACCAGCUGUAGCCGCUAAAGCAGCCGCCAAAGCAGCCAAAUAUGGGGCCAGAGCCGGAGUGGGAGUUGGAGGCAUUCCCACUUACGGGGUUGGAGUCGGGGGCUUUCCUGGUUACGGUAUCGGAGCUGGACCCGGAGCUGUUCCCGGAGCUGCCCUUUCCCCUGCAGCCCAGGCAGCUGCGGCCGCUCAAGCAGCAGCCGCGGCCAAGGCAGCCAAGUUCGGUGCUGGAGGAGCAGGGGCCUUGGGAGGUCUGGUGCCAGGGGUUGGAGACAGAGUGGCAGGUGUCCCAGGCACAGGAGGGGUGCCAGGGACCCCAGCCGCUGCAGCCGCCAAAGCCGCUGCCAAAGCCGCCCAGUUUGGGUUAGGGCCCGGUAUUGGCGUGGGUCCCGGCGUGGGUCCUGGCAUUGGUCCCGGCAUUGGCAUCGGCCCCGGUGCUGUUACAGGAGUAGGGGCCCCUGAUGCAGCCAAAGCCGCUGCUAAAGCAGCCGCCAAGGCCCAGUUCCGGGCUGCAGCUGGGCUUCCUGCUGGCGUUCCUGGAUUCGGGGUUGGUGCUGGCAUUCCUGGAUUCGGAGUUGGUGCUGGCGUUCCUGGAUUGGGAGUUGGUGCUGGUGUUCCUGGAUUUGGGGCAGGUGCAGUACCUGGAACCCUGGCUGCGGCUAAGGCAGCCAAAUAUGGAGUGGGAGGGGUCGGGGCUCUAGGCGGAGUAGGCGUCCCAGGCGGUGUGGCAGGAGUAGUGCCUGACGCCUCAGCCGCUGCCGCCAAAGCUGCUGCCAAAGCCGCCCAGUUUGGCCUCGGGGGAGCCGGAGCCCUGGGAGCCGGGGGGCUCGGAGUUGGGGGGCUCGGAGUCGCAGGGGCCAUCCCAGGGGUUGGAGGCUUUGGAGGUGUCUCCCCAGCCGCAGCUGCUAAAGCAGCGAAAUAUGGAGUUGCAGCAAGACCUGGCUUCGGACUGUCUCCUAUUUUCCCAGGUGCCGGAGCUGGGGGCCUGGGCAUUGGCGGCAAACCUCCCAAGCCCUUCGGAGGGGCCCUGGGAGCCCUGGGAUUCCAAGGUGGGGCCUGCCUGGGGAAAUCCUGUGGCCGGAAGAGAAAGUGAGCUUCCCAGGACCCCUGACUCGCGACCUCAUCAACGUUGGUGCUACUGCUUGGUGGAGAAUGUAAACCCCUUGUGACCCCUCCCUCCAUCCCCCCUCCCCAGUCCCCACCCCGGGAGGGGACAGGCCAGGCUGGGUGGCCUUGGAAAUCCACAAAGCAAGGAAACAAGAGUGGUGGCCAAGUGGGCCCCAGGAGGCCCCCUACUUCAGAGGCCAGGGGUGGGUGGGCUUAGCCCCCUGCCCCCACCCCCUUCCCACCCAGGAGCUCCCCCUCCACACACUCUCCAUCUCCAGGGGAACUUGGUGCUAUGUGCUGGUGCUCUCAUCUUCCUGGGGGGAGGGAGGAGGGAAGGGCAGCCCCUUGGGAACCCCCUCCCUGGGGCUCCUCUGAAGAUGGUGCGGACACUCCCUGGGCAGUCUCACCUCCCCCUGCCCACCAGAACCGCCCCCCCAACCCCGGCUGCGGUCCAGUUGGUACCCAAGCACCUAAAGGCUCAAGCUGGAUUCGGUCAUAACCAUCUCUCAGCCCCCUUGCCCCCCACCUAUUCCCCAUGUCUGGGACACCUGCAGAUGGAAAGACCCCCAUGGGGAAUAGCCCUCUUGCUCUUGUGGAAUUCAGCCAGGCAUCUGUCCAGCCAGCCAUCCAUCCCCGUCCCCAGCUGACCGCCCAGCACCACUAGCUGGCUGGGUGCCCCCACCAUCAAGCUGGCUAACCUGUGUUGGUGGCCUGUGCCCUGCCUCCACCCCGCCACACACACCCCUACGAUGGGGCCUGAGCACCCAGGGUGUGAGGAGCUAUGCCAGCUGGGGUGGCAGGAAUCUCCUCCCCGACCUGGGUCCCCCCCAUGCAGUACUGUAUCCCCGUCCCUCCCUCGGAGCCACCCUCGGAGCCACCUACAUCAGAGCAUUUCCCACCCCUGCCCCGUCUCUUUGUGUCUCGCUGUGAUAGAUCAAUAAAUAUUUUAUUUUUUGUCCUGGA